AUGGAAGUCUUUCUGACAGUUCUGAUCCUCAGUGCAACUCUACAGCUGUCACAUUUGAACAAUGAAAGACAGUUGCUCCAGUUCAGGGAAAUGAUCAAAUGCACGCUACCUAACAGCUCACCGCUCGAGGAUUUUGGAGACUAUGGCUGCUUCUGCGGUUUGGGUGGCCAAGGAACACCUGUUGACCAGCUAGACCAAUGUUGUUUUACUCAUGAUCAUUGCUAUGGAAAUGCUUCAAAUUCCGACUCCUGCGAUACAUUUUCGGACAACCCUUACACAAACAUCUAUGACUUUGAGUGCGAUAAAAAUAACAAAACAAUCACGUGUCUGGCCAGUAAUAACGCAUGCGAAAUGUCCAUCUGUCAGUGUGACAAGACAGCAGCGGAGUGCUUUGCUCAGGCUCCAUAUAACACCUCCAACAAUCAACUCUCUAACAGUCUGUGCAGCUCAGCUGCUGAGUGCCUGUCUGCCCGCCUGUGA